AUGAAUUCGCCAAAUUAUGUUAAAGAUCAUGUGGAAUUAAAUGAUGAGGAUAUUGUAUCUGAAUUAAUAGAAAAAAAGGAUGUAAUUUGUUCUUGGUGUUUUGAUAUCUUAAAGCAUGAAUUAAAAAAUGAGAAAUUUGAUUACAUACCUCCUACUUUGCAAAUGCUACAUAAAAAAGGAAUAAAAAUACCUUUUUUUGUAAAAUGGAUGAAAUUAAAUGAUAUAAAAGAUCUAGGCUCAUAUAAUUGUGGUUCAUAUGAAUUAAAAGGAUGUAUUGGAUGCUUAAAUAAAAUUGAUAUAUUAGAAUUAUAUUAUUACACAUUACAAAGCGCUCUUAAUGAUACAAGAUUCUAUCCAAUAACAUUAAAAGAUUUACCUUAUUUAAUAAUAGUUAUAAAUUAUUUAUUUAAUUUUGAAGAAUGUAAUCAUGUUUAUGAUUGGACGAUCGGUAAACAUGGUAUAAAAAUCAAUUUUACAAUAAAUAGAAAAAAAUACUCUUCUACUUUCCUUCCUGAUAUACCAGUAGAACACAACUAUGAUCAUAAAACAACUAUCAAAAAAUUAAUAAGAAAAGCCAACUACAAAGGAGAGAUAAACGAUGAACUUUUAAAGAAAAUUCAAGUAGAAAGAUAUGAAGGAAUAAGCUGUAGUCUAACUUAUUCAGAUUAUGAAAAACUUAAGUUUUCAUAG